GAGAGAGAGAGGUUUAAGAUUCAAUGAAAAGGCUACGCGUCACGCACGCGUCGCGCACACGGCAGAGUUCGGAUGCGUUUGUAAUAUCCGGGUUGGAAGGAGGGAGUGUCUCAGAUUCCUAACAGAAACACGCUGGAAAGAGCAGCGAGAGAGACGCGCUCCGCGGGAAUAUGGCAUCGGUCAGAGGGAAGAGGAAGCGCAGCGCGGUGGAAACGGGUUCCAGCUCUCCGGUCAUGAUUUAGAUCGGGAUCCGGACCGCGAUGGAAAAGCCGCUGUGUUCGUCGCAGCCCACGGCCUCGCUCGGGUUCGGCGCGUCCUCGGUGGGGAACAUCGCGCCGCUGCAGCGCGGACGCACGCGCAGGAUAGAGGGAGUGCUGAGCAAAUACACCAACCUCAUCCAGGGCUGGCAGAACAGGUAUUUCGUGUUGGACCCUGAUGUGGGUCAGCUGCAGUAUUUCGUGAGUGAGCAGGGGCGGAGUCAGAAGCCCCGCGGAUCCCUGCCUCUGAUUGGUGCUUCUGUGACGGCGAGCGAUGAGGUGCCUCACAUGUUCAUCGUCAGCUCGGCCAAUGGGGAGCUCUUCAAACUCAGAGCGGUGGACGCCACAGAACAGCAGCUGUGGAUGACGCAGCUACAGGCGUGUACCAGACGCCACUCCGACAGCAGUGCCAAGAUGAGGAAACUGAAGGAUUGUGACGAGCAUCUGUGUGUCGACCGAACUCAGAACACAUUUGAGGCACAGGUAACACACACACACACAUGGCGGGGCCGAACGCGGAGUUUCUCUCUGCUUCCUCACCUCCCUCCGUCUUCCUCUCCUGCAUCUCAGAGACAUCUCCCUCACCACGGGCCUCAGAGCAACAUCGUUACCAUCACGCACCAUAAGUCGCCUGCAGCCGCCCGCCGUGCCAAAAACCAGUACCCAGAGCGCAUCCUGGAGGUCAAAGAGGUUAUGAACCAGGCCGAGGGUCAGCAGAAGAGUCUGGUGGAGUCCAUCGAGUCUCUGCCGACGCGAGGAUCCCUGUCCUGUCUGGAUCAGGACCUGCUGCUGCUGAAAGCCACCUCUGCCGCCACCCUGAGCUGCCUUGGCGAGUGCCUGAAUAUAUUACAGCAGAGUGCCGGACAUAACCAUGGGCCGCCCUCUGAUAAUGUUCCCGUGUGGACCGUGUCAAAGUCACCCUCAGGAGAACGUCUGAGGAACGGCGGUGCUGUUACCCGGACCUCCACUGAGCCCUCGCCCUCCCUCAGGAAAACAAACCUGCUGCAGAACACUGAGGAUGGUGUGGAGGUGAUUUCUCCUGAGGAGGAGGUGAUGGAUUCAGAUGAUAACACUGAAGAAGAUCUGGGUGUGUUGGACGACCAGAGGAGCGUCAUUCUGCAUCUGCUGUCUCAGCUCAAACUGGGCAUGGAUCUCACACGGGUUGUUCUUCCCACAUUCAUCCUGGAGAAGCGUUCACUGCUGGAGAUGUAUGCUAACUUCAUGGCCCACCCGGACCUGUUCCUGUCCAUCUCUGCUGGAAGCACCCCGGAGGAGCGUAUGGUGCGUUUCGUUGAAUAUUACAUGACUGCCUUCCAUGAAGGACGUAAGGGCGCCAUCGCCAAAAAGCCCUACAAUCCGGUGCUAGGCGAGACCUUCCACUGUUCAUGGGAGGUUCCACAAGAUCGAGUCCACCCUCUGAGGACUGAGACCAACCCCAGGACCAAUCAGGAGGCAACGGGGGCGGGGUCAGACUCUUACAGGGUGCGUUUCGUAGCAGAGCAGGUUUCCCAUCAUCCUCCGGUGUCAGGGUUUUACUGUGAGUGUGCUGACAGAGGCAUGUGCGUCAACACACACAUCUGGACCAAGAGCAAGUUCAUGGGCAUGUCAGUGGGCGUCUCUAUGGUAGGAGAAGGCGUGUUGUACCUGCGUGAUCACGGGGAGGAGUACGUGUUUACAUUCCCGAGUGCGUACGCUCGAUCCAUCCUCACCGUGCCGUGGGUGGAGCUCGGAGGAAAGGUCACCAUCAGCUGUGCUAAGACCGGAUACUCGGCCAACGUCACAUUCCACACCAAACCCUUCUACGGGGGCAAAGUUCACAGGGUCAGUGCAGAGGUGAAGCAAAACUCCAGCGGGACGGUGGUGUGUAAAGCUCAGGGCGAGUGGAACGGGACACUGGAGUUCAUCUACAGCAGUGGAGAGACCAAAGUCAUCGACACAAACAAACUGCCCGUCAUCAGGAAGAUGAUUCGCCCCGUCAAGAAACAGGGUCGGACCGAGUCCAGGCGUCUCUGGCAGCAUGUGACCGCGGCGCUGAAGGAAGGAAACGUUGAUCUGGCCACUGAACACAAGCGUGUGUUAGAGGAAGACCAGCGAUCAGACGAGAGACAGAGAGCUGCCAACAACAUGCCCUGGAAACCCAAAUACUUCAACAAAGAGGGUGACGGAUGGGUCUACAGAAACCCCUUAUGGAAAACACAUCGAAGAAAGGAAGAUGAAUGCUGAUCAGACUAACACAGGGACUGAAAACAAACAGCAAAAAUCAAAAACAGGAGAAUAAUGGUGCAUCACACGACAGACUGUACAGAAACCAGUGUGUGUAUAUGAGAACAUGGACACAUAGAACAGACCUUUUAUACACUGUCUAAAUGAUAUAUUAUUUUUCACGAUUAUAACCAAGCCUUUGUGGAUAUGCACAUGUACACAGUAUUAAUGUGAUCUGUUAUUAGAUGAUUUGUUAACAGAAUAAGAGAAUCAUGGAUUUACAUCCAGUGUGCAUUUAUCAAUGUGGACAAGAUGUUCAGAAUCAAAUUCAGUAUUUAAGCUCAUAUUUCACC